CACACACACAUCGUAACAUUACGGCACAACAAGCACGACUAGCUCACAGUAGUGGAGGAAGAUCACAUUAUUUUCAUGAGAAAAGGAAGUGCUUACGUUUACACACUCGGGACUAUGCCACUUAUUAAUUAUUGCAAAAACUGAGAGAGUGAGGAGGGACAUCGUGGCUAUGUCCUUGUCUAGAACUGCAAGUUGUGAGCAGAAUGUUGGGGUCUAAAAAACACCACAACAGACAAUGAAACACUGCUAGACUGAAGUCGCGAAGAACUUUCCUGUUACUGUUAGUUUGAUGUGUGCCAGGCUGCCUGUGUGUUUACACAUGGAGCAAUAAGUUCACAUACUUGCUUGAACCAGAAAUUCACAGGCAGAAAUGGCCAUAAUGAAAAGCAAAUCUCGCACGGUGAUUUAUGUUGCUGUUGGUGUAAUGGUUGGAGCAUUGCUCAGUUUGAUCUGCGCUCCACCAGGCAGUGAUUGCGGACUGGACAGUAACAUUCACGCAGGGACCAAGCGAAAAACCAAUGCAAUCAUAGAUUACGGCACGGAUGAAAACGGGAACCAACUAAAUGACAAGGACUUUGAACCGGUUUUGAUGACGGCAAAUAAUCCACUGGUGAAGAAGGACAUUGAUCGACAAAGCCUGAUCCGAUCGCGUUACAUCUCUUCGGAACUUCAAAUUAAAGAGAAACUAUUUGUGGGCGUAAUGGUGUCACGUGAAGAGAUCGAUUUAGAUUCCACCACUGUUGGGCUAAACAAGACGCUAAGCCAUUAUGUCAAUAAAUUAGUGUUUUUUGCGAAGACGAACCCUGAGCCAGCCCCAAGCGGAAUGACGAUUGUCGCGUUUCCAGGGGAACAGGUCAAUGUGAGGAUGUUCCAAAUAUGGAAGUACAUCUACGAACACUACGGCAACGAAUACGAUUGGUUUCUUUUGAUUCAAGACAACACGUAUAUUUACGGAGAGGUGUUUAUGGAGUUUCUCGGGCACAUGAGCGUGGGGCGUGAUUUGUACAUGGGAAGUCCGGUGCAUGAAUCUGAGAUGGAUGUGACAUUCUGUAGCAGAGAGGCAGGGUACAUGUUGUCAAGAAACCUGCUGAAGAAAGUCGGACCAUACUGGGAGGAUUGCAUGCGCAAGUCGUGGAACAACGUACCGGACUUGGAGUUUGGAAGAUGCGUUCAGGACCACUCGGAUGUACGCUGCUCUUCCGUUUAUGAGGAAUCAACGUUUUAUGCGUACGAUUUUGAAGACAAAGUUCUGUCAAGCAAGGAGAAGCAAGACAGCGAAUUCCAUAGGGCUAUGUCUAUAUACCACGUGAUGGACACUCGUACAAUGUAUAAACUUCAUAAAUAUUUCUCAGAGCAGGCACUAAGUCGAACUCUGGGUAAGAUUUCUGAACUUCAGAAUGUCAUAGAGGAAAUCAGUGUGUAUGCGCCUGGCGGCAAGUCUAAAUUAGCCUGGCCAAUCGGAUCAAAGAGCACCUUCAAACCCACAUCACAGUACGACGUUAUUGGUUGGGAGUACUUCACGAUGACACAUGUGUUUGGAUUGGAUGACCCAAACUCUAAGUCUCCUCUGAUUGGUGCAAAUAAACAAGACAUUGACGAGAUUCUCACGACGACAAUGUCACGCUUGAAUGAGAUCUACGGAAAUAUUUUCAUGCUCGGACGACUUGUGAAUGGAUACCGAAGAUUUGAACCACUAAGAGGUAUGGAGUACACCUUGGACAUGGAAUUGAAACUUCACGGCGACAAAAAGGAAGUUCAGAAAAGGGUCCACUUACUUCGACCUCUCAAUAAAGUGGAGAUAGUUUCAAUGCCCUAUGUCACCGAGUACACCCAAGUGACGAUCAUUUUACCAGUGGUUUCUGGCAGUCAAGAGCAAGUCCGCAUCUUCUUAGACACCUACGCAAGGAUUUGUCUUGAGACACGUGACAAGUCUGCUGUUAUGCUGAUCUUCAUUUACACCCCUGCUGAGGCUUUGUCGAUGGUAAAGGAGGAUAUUUACAGCGUCAACAAAGGGUAUAUAUCCUACUUGGAGCGCAAGUACCCUGGCUCUCACCUGUCGUGGAUCAGCGUCAAAACUAGCCUUCCUUCGCCCAUCGCAAUCAUGGAUGUUGUCUCAAAGAAGUUUGCUUCGGAUACCCUCUUCCUCCUGACCAAUGCUAAUAUGGAGAUUGCCGCUGAGUUUCUCAACAGAGUUCGCAUGAACACUAUAUCUGGUUGGCAGGUCUUCUUCCCGAUUCCCUUCUCCCAGUACGACCCCAAGAUCAUCUACAAGGAGUUGCCGAACCCCAACCGUAUCGACAUAACCAAAGCCAUCGGGCAUUUCGACACGUAUCUCUUCGAGCAUGCUAGCUUCUACAACUCGGACUACAUGAACGCCAGGAAGAAUUGGAACGAGAGACAUCCAGGUAGUGAGACUGAACACAUCCAGUCAGACCUAGACCUCUUUGAGAUGUUUCUGCACACCAAACUGAACACCUUCCGGGCCGUAGACCCAGCUCUUAAGCUUCACUAUCGUCAACGAAUAUGCCAACCCUCUCUGAAAGAAGAUCAGUAUCAACGAUGCUUAGAAGGAAGAGCUGAAGGUCUAGCGUCGAGAUCACAGCUGGCGAUGCUGGUGUUUGAGCAACAGCAAAAACAGCCAGGAUUAAAGGGUCCUGCGUAGAGUUUCAACUCUUGUGUUCUCACUAUUUUCUUCUUUUAGAACCUAAGCUAUACUUUAAUAAAAGUAAUAACAGGAAAUAUUGCUCUGCAGAUAAAUUAGCUGGGACCCAGUUGCAACACUGGGACAUAAUUAGCGCGGCAUCUUAGUUGGUAAUCUGGUUAUGCUAUUACUGGAAUAAGUUGUAAGCAAAUAUGUUGUGCUUACCAGCUUGAUACAGUUCACAGGUGGGGAGAGUCUUGUGACAAUAGCAGGGUCCCAAUCAACGAGCCUUUAUAAUUUUUCUAGCUUUUGUCACGAAAGUCUCCUACUUUAUGGUUCUGUUACCACAGAACUCGGUGCUUACAGUUACACAGUCACCAGUCACUUACUGGGUAAGCGCCAAAAUUCUGCACUAACUUUUUAAGUGAAGACUGCUUAGUAACAUGAAAUAUGCAUACGUGCAAGCACAAAUUUUUGAUAAAAUGUCAAACACGCUUACAUUAAAUGCGGAUUUGUCUCCUUCAGUAAGUACAGAUUUUUUCUGAUAACAGAGCCAUGGUAUUGGGCACAAGUCCAUAGUCUUUUAUAGGUUGACGUUGGACCUCAUCUGCUGAGUGUGUCGAUCACGGACCAUCCAUUGUUUUUUCGAUCUUUUUUAUUUAGCUGCAGUAAUGAUUUCAAUCAUCCACAAACUCCUAUGGACCAUGUCUUUUACUUUCAUUCCAGGAGAAUAAUUAAUAUUUUAUUUUAUUUAUAGAGUACAGUACAUUUACAUUGUUAUUGCCCAUGGUUGGACAUUGUCAUAAUGCAAUCCAAGGGACAGUGAAGUGUCCAUUCAAUUAAACUUAAAGUUUUAGUUCAAGAGGCUGGCAAGAAGAAUUUGCAAAACAAUCAUUGGUUUAAAUGAUAUAAACUGUACAAAAUAUGUUAAUGUAAAAUGUACUUAAUAAUAUAAAGUUCACUUUAGUAUAACUCUUAAAGUUACUUUUCUGACUGAUAAAUAUUUUUUUCCAUGGUGCUGUAUUACUUCAAAAUCACAUAAUUUCCAGUGUUUAUGUAGAAAAGAAUGGUUUUGUCCAAGCAUAUUUUUUUCAAACUUCUUGUGGUCCAAUCUGCACCUUCCCUCCACCCCUAUGUCUUGUCUCCUUAUUUAUUGUUAACCCCUUGCUUUGUCUGUGUGCUUUCUAUAUCUCUCUUUCUAUUAUUGUUAUACUUAUAAUACCUGUGUGUUAUGUUGUCAUUUGGCCUUUGAAAAUCUGUCUCUUCUUGUGUCCAAAUGUCAUGUUUAAACAAAAUACUUUCCUUCAAUAUUUCAGUGUUUUCAACUUUUUUCUUCUGAUAGUGGACACUUGAUGCUUUGAACUUGAUAAGAAUACUGUUUUUGAAUGUUUUGCAUCCUAAAUUAACAAGCAAUAAGGUUUAAGGUUAAAGAACCAGCCAGUCGGACCACUAGGACACAAUUGUGACUGGUCCUCAUGUGUUUUAAUUUGUAAUUAAACAAUUUUAGGGAGAACGCCGCAUGUAUGUAGUUAGGGUUUUUGAACAGUAUUGACCAAGUAGAAAUAAGAGCCUUGUAUUACCAAUGUCUUCAAGAAGGAGGAAAAGAUGGUUUUGAGGUGUCAGUGGAAAACAGUCUCUGACGCUUCAAAAUCUUCUUUGGAGAAAUUGAACAGAAAUAUGACAGAUUUUGACCAAAACAUGUGAAAUAGAUCAAUCAUGCAAUAAAUUUGUUCUAUGUACUUAAGAAUUUCAAAAAAAUAUAUAUUGUAGAUCAGAGGAGUUUUCCCAAAAUGAUUCUGUUUGUGGUAAUCAUAUAUUGAAUCUGUCUGUUUGACCAUGGUCCAAAUCAAAACUAGAAGGGGUGGGGGUGUUAAACCAUGUUCAACACUUGGCCAUUUCAAAUUAUUCAAAAUCCAACUGCCUUUCAGGCCUGGAAUUUCAUCUUUGAGAAGGCAAGGCCAUUUUCAUUUUGAAAAGGGCACUUCCAUUUGAAAGUUGUAAAGUCUAUGGGAAACGGCACCAAGGCUAAAACCAGGGCAACGGAGGUCACGGCCUCCAUGGCCUUCCUUUACGUAAAAUUCCAGGCCUGGCAUGAUUUUGUUAAAUGGUAUUGGACUGAGAAGUGGAUGGGAUCAGAUGAACCAUCAAAAUCAUUGUCCCUACAGUUUUGCUUGGGUGUUGAAUUACUUUUUUUACGGUGCUGGAUUUUGUUAGAGUGAGGAAAAAUCACUCAAGGAAGUUAUGCAGAUCUGUGUACUUAGAGGGUUGCCAAUGCGUUGCAACAACUUUAACAGGACUGUACGCUUCGUUUUUGAAGGAGCACCUUGGUAAAGGGCACCCUAUGAGGACAUUGUACAUUUCUACUGGAGCAUUUUU